AUGCCAGAUCAGCAGUUGGCCUCCAUGAUUGCUUCUAUCGUGGAGCAAAAACUGGCAACCUUAAAAUCCGCGAGCAACUCGCUAUCGAGCUCAACAUCUUCCGUCGUUCAGCCAUCCGCCCAACAAUCCGCUCAGCAACAUUUGCCAGGCGUUACGAGCCUCGCACCAGAUCCCUCUCUCCCACCGGUCCGCAAUGGCGGACAACAACAGAUUCCGUCCUCCCUGAAUUUCUCGCUGUCGUCCUAUCAGCAAGAUUUGAAUCUCGGAACACCGGAAGACGCAGCCCUCCUGCACACCAACUACAGAGUCCCUUCUAUCGCCAGCCAUCUCUUCAACAGCUGCAUCGCAGCCAUAACAAACGGUGAGUACGUGGACCUUGCUAGCCUUCUUCCUUUUUCGUCUCUACUACGAGACCACGUUACCGCUAAUUCCCAGCUUAAACUACAAGUAGGAAACGAGGGCCUUACUAUACCCCUCCCAUCCCAGGCUAAGCGCCCCAAAAUUACUGUGAUCGACCGAUGGCUCGACGCCUUUGCCAUUUACUCGUCUGUAAUCCUCUCCUCUUACCCAUCCCGGGGGGUGGACCUCUUCUCCUACAGCAACUGAUACGUGAGUCAGCUCGUAAGUUCCCCGGUAUGGCAUAGUAUUUGUACGAUAUGAAAUUUCGCCGAAGGGCCUCUCACAACCUUUCCAUUAACUGGGGUCAAAGGGAUGUUCAGUUGUACCCAGACACCUUUACCGGCGUUCCAAAAGCCAUACUUUGUAAGGCCUGCAGCAGCUCGGAUCAUGUAACCGAUUCCUGCUCCCUUUACCCCAGGUCUACGGACUCUUCAGGCCCCAAACGUGGUGACCUCUGCUUCAACUUCAACAAAGGGGUUCCCUGCGCCCGCACCCCCUGCCCUUACACUCACCAACAAGCCUGGAUGCACAGCAGCCCACCCAGGAAAGGACCACCCUGACUCCUCAAGCUCUGGACCCACACAGUCAAAGACUAGCCGCUCAAGCCAUUCCACCCGAAGCCGCAAUUGAAUACCUUUCUAAGCUGUCCCCUAUCACCCCUAUUGACCUUCCCCAACUUGCCCUUUACUUGCAUGAUCACCUUGACCGUCCAUCUGUUUAUGCUGUCCUCACUGGCCUCUCCCAGGGUUUUAUAAUUGGUUUCCAGGGUCCUCGGGUUUCUAAGGAAAACCCCAACCUCAUUUCUGCUAGGCAAAAUCCACAUAUCAUCAGCACCAAUCUCCUGAAAGAGUUACAGCUUGGUCACACUGCUGGCCCAUUCGUUUCUCCCCCUUUUCCCAAUUUUCAGGUUUAUCCCAUUGGGGUUGUUCCAAAAAAGCACUCCACAGAGUGGAGAACCAUUUUUCACCUUUCCUUUCCCAAACAUUAAACCACUGGCGUUAAUUCCCACAUUAGCCCAACCGACUACUCCUUACACUACAUUACAAUAGAUACUGCCAUCUCUAUCAUUCAGAACAUUGGUUAAGGGUGCUUUAUGUCCAAGCUGGACAUCAAGUCAGCCUUCCGCAAUAUCCCAGUACACCCAUCCGACUGGGAGCUCCUCGGUAUGAAAUUAAAUGGAACGGCCUGUAUUUCUUCGAUACAGUGCUCCCUUUUGGAUUACGAUCGGCACCCUAUCUUUUUGACCAAUUUUCCUGCAUGAUUGAAUGGAUAAUUAAAAAUAAGCUAGGUAUCCCUCACGUGAUCCACAUCCUGGAUGAUUUUUUCUUUGUCACCAGGCCCCCUAGGUCGGACUGCCUUACAGCCCUUUGCAAAAUCCUUUGUCUUUUCAGUGAACUCAAUAUCCCUGUUGCCCCCUGUGAAACUUUUGCUCCCACCACCCCGCUAGAAUUUAUGGGUAUUCUCCUUGACUCCACAAGAAUGGAAGCUCGUUUUCCCCUUGACAAACUAAUCCGUGCUAAACAGGCCCUUCAACAG